AUGAGCGAGUCUUCUUUGGUUGACAGUGCUCUUUGCAAUGAUAUUGGAGGCGAGUACUAUUUUUCGCAUGCUUGUCUUAAAGACAAGGUAGAGCCUCCUGUGGAUAACAACCCCACGGCUGAGGCUUCGGCCCUUCGCAGACACAAGAAGAACAUGUGCCUAGCUCCACAUUAUGGCUAUUGGGGCUUCAAGACUAUGCAAGGCUUUUGUGAUAGUCAAUUCAAGAAAAAGAGACAUGUGAUGGUAGAACAUCUUCUCAUGGAGGAGAGGAGGAAACAAGGACAAAUGGAGGUGUCUUUGUAUAGCCAGGCCCUCAAACACUUGCAGCAGUACUGGUCGUGUGAGCUUCUUCAACUUGAACAAGCUUAUCAGGCAGGACUGAUGGCACAUUUUGUCACCGUUGGCGGCAACUACAUCUAUCAGCGCAACAUCGGAUUGGAGGUGCUUAUCUUACAGGCCAAGAUGUGCCAUGCCAAAGCUGAGAUAGAGCUCUAUACAGUGGCCAUCCAAAAUGCCCAUGAAUUCGACUUCUCAGACAACACUAGUGCUUCGUCUUCUCCCAUCUUCUGGGUUAUUAGUUUCGCUGGCACCGUAAUAUCAGGUGGCCACCACGAGGAUCACAGCACCGCUCAGCGAAGCCACCCAUCACGCAUGGAUAUCCCUGAAAACGACAAGACAGAAGUCGUAGUUCUAAAGACUGAGGAAGAAUUCGACAGAUCUAUCGGACGAGUACACACCCAUCACAACGACUACACCAUAGUACACUUCGUGAACUCCCUGCAAGAAGCAAGGAUGAAGGACCAAACAGGAGAGGUGUUCAAUUCGUCUAGUUUUAGGAGAGGGUGCAGAUCUAUCUGGCAAAAGCGACUUCAACUUCAUGAGAAUCAAGUACUCGCAAGUAUGGGAAUGCUCACGCCGCAUCUAGGGCAUGACUAA